CCAAAUAUUCGAGUUGUAAAAUGAACUCAAACGAGACACAAACUGAGCAAAGGCGUAGGGUAACGCUUCCCGCAGCAACACAAAAUAAACCUGAAGAACCCAAAAAAAAUGCGAAACCCGAAAAUACCGAGGAUGCCAAAAGGAUUUCUCAUAGCGAGUUUCAAAAGAGAGUAACCACGGAUAGGAGCGAUGAGCCGGUGUUCUGCUGCCAAUUCGAAGUGUUCGGGAUAGUGCAAGGCGUUUCCUUUCGAAUGUACACCUUACGAAGAGCCCAGAAGCUGGCAGUUCGGGGCUGGUGCAAGAACACCAAUGAAAACACGGUGAAGGGGGAAAUUCAAGCGCAUCGACAUUCCUUUGAGUCCAUGCGCCUCUGGCUAAAGCACACCGGCAGUCCCACCAGUCGAAUCGACAAGUGCAUCUUUAGUGAAACCUCUGAACUCUCCGAGUUCACUUACGGUAACUUUUCGAUUGUGGUGGAUUAGUUUGUUCCUCGGCUUUGGGUCCAUUUUAAAACUGAAGAAAUUGUAGUAUUUGUGUACUGACUUAUUAACGGUUUUUUAGGUUUUGAAUAUGGAUUAAAAAUUGUUUUAUAGGUACAAG